UUCAUCUUGCCUGUCAGGGUGGAAACACAGCUAUAGUACAACAUCUCCUGUCCCCUUCUAACAUCAACAGUAGAGGAGAGUAUGGAUACACACCAGCGAUGGUUGCAGCUGUCAGUGGACAUCAAAGUGUGUUUGACCUCCUUGUGUCAAACCAAGCUGACCUCACACUGGUGUCUACAUCUGGUGAUAGUUUACUUCAUCUUGCCUGUCAGGGUGGAAACACAGCUAUAGUACAACAUCUCCUGUCCCCUUCUAACAUCAACAGUAGAGGGAUGCAUCAAUGGACACCAGCUAUGAAGGCAGCUGUUUGUGGACAACAAAGUGUGUUUGACCUCCUUGUGUCAAACCAAGCUGACCUCACACUGGUGGAUACAUUUGGUGAUAGUUUACUUCAUCUUGCCUGUCAGGGUGGAAACACAGCUAUAGUACAACAUCUCCUGUCCCCUUCUAACAUCAACAGUAGAGGCAAACACGGAUGGACACCAGCUAUGAAGGCAGCUGUCAAUGGACAUCAAAGUGUGUUUGACCUCCUUGUGUCAAACCAAGCUGACCUCACACUGGUGGAUACAUCUGAUGAUAGUUUACUUCAUCUUGCCUGUCAGGGUGGGAACACAGCUAUAGUACAACAUCUCCUGUCCCCUUCUAACAUCAACAGUAGAGGGAUGCAUCAAUGGACACCAGCUAUGAAGGCAGCUGUCAAUGGACAUCAAAGUGUGUUAGACCUCCUUGUGUCAAACCAAGCUGACCUCACACUGGUGUCUACAUCUGGUGAUAGUUUACUUCAUCUUGCCUGUGAGGGGGGAAACACAGCAAUUGUACAACAUCUCCUGUCCCCUUCUAACAUCAACAGUAGAGGAAGGCAGGGAUGCACACCUGUGAUGAAGGCUGCAUACCGUGGACAUAAAGAUGUGGUUGACCUCCUUGUGCAGCACAAAGCUGACCUCACACUUCUAACAGACAGUAAUGAGGACAUUGAAUGUGUAGCUCAGAGGGGAGGACAUGCUACAAUAGCCAAGUAUCUACAAACUGUCUGUUAUCAAAGAGGACAACAAGACUAAAACUGGGAUCUAGAAAUCACAGAUAAGUAGAUGCAUUUGUUGGGUCCUAACUAUGUCUUUUACAUAUCAGUAUUUGAGUGAGUGAGUAAGGUUUUUAUGCUGCUAUUAGCAAUCAUCCAGUACUAUCAUGGUAGGGGACACCAGAAGUAGGCUUCACACAUUGUACCCAUAUUGGGAAUUGAACUUGGGCCUUUGGCGGGACCAGCAAACGUGUCAUAAUUUCGAAGCUGGUACCUAGCUCAUGGGGGUAAAUAACAUGUCUAUUAUGACCUUCAGACUUCAAAAUUAACACUAAAAUUAAAUUGUUCUGAGGACCAGUAAAAAUCCAAUGAUGGUAGUUGUCAUUGACCAGUAGCAAGUGAAUGCUAUGAUUCUCAAUGCUUCAGUUUCGCUACAAAUUGGAAUUGAAUAAAACUGACAAAAAAAUGUAAACAAAGAAAGUACCGUAUUCGACGUAAUAAGCGCCCUGCUCUAAUAAGCACCAACGGCGAUAUUUGCUAAUUUAUUGGCUAGUGAACAAUCCCAAUUAGCACCCCUUCCGAUUGAUCAAUGUACACAAGACUUAUUUAUUCGUGUAUAAUACACACUUGUGUGUUAUAUGCACCGUUACUUAUGGGGAAUUACAUUCUGGAAACAUUUAUCUAUCGUACAUAAACAUUUCAGGCUGUCAGCAUAAACCACAAAAAAUUUCUUUAAACACUUUUUUUUCCCACCAAAAUAAUAUUCUAAUAAGAACCCCUUAUUUCUAAUUUUGAGAGCGCCCAGGGCGCUUAUUACGUCGAAUAUUUGUGUCUUGUUCAAGCAUUGAUCGAUGGAACUGGAAAGGACAUUCUAUGCAACAAAGUAUCUUGUCAUCAAUCAAAGCAUUCACAAGACAAUACAUGUACCUUGCUGACACUGAUUGGUUUUCACCAUUACUUACAGCGAAAACAACCAGCUCAUUAAUAUGACAGCAUGUUUGUAAACGUUGAUAUCUAGAAAGAUCAUUUCAAAGGUGUCAGUACCUGAUGAUCAAGUGUGUAGUGUUAUUAUAGUUGGGAUAUAAUUCACACCUCAUCUGUCCGUCCGUCCGUCCAUCGUUUCAGGAGCACAAUUCAAAGACCGUUCAAAAUUGUUCAGCAAAAGUUUGCAGAUAUAUCAAACAGAUCCUGAAGUUGUUCCUUUUGCUUUUUAAGGAUUUUUUACAUUUUUAUUUUUCUCUGUAUCUAUGGAAUCAUGUUGGACCUAGUCUCAAAAGGGGGUGGAUUUCCUUUCC